GACAAGAAAUCCAAGCUCAACAUGUCAUCUUCAUCUCCACCAAAGAUCACAUCAAAAAGCACCCUCCCAACAUCCUCACCCCGGAAACCAUGGUCCCACCACCUCACGCUAGACACCCUCCUUCGCGUCCUAAGAAACACCCUCCUCAGCCCAUUCAUCGCCUGGAUAAUAGUCCUCUGCCUCCGCGCCCAAGUCACGCCCCCAACAGACCCAGCCUGGAUAAUCGCAGUCGCAUAUGCCACGGCCUUGACAUUACUCUUCGCUGCGAAGGUCAUUAAUCAUCGUGUCGCGCAUGGUAUCCCGCGCACGGUUGACUCCGCGAAUGAAGUUGUCUUGGUUACGGGUGGCGCGAGUGGGCUGGGAUUGUUGGUGUCGCAGAUUUAUGCUAUGAGGGGGGCUAGUGUGGCUGUUUUGGAUAUAAGGGAUAUUGGGAGUAAAGAGCAGGAUGAGGUGUUUGGGGAGGAUGUGCGGUAUUUCAAGUGCGAUGUUGGAAACCGGACGUCGCUUGAAGAUGUUCAGGAAAAGAUCAAGGAAGAGUUGGGUACUCCAACCAUCAUUAUCAACUGUGCCGCGGCUCGAAUCAAUGGCCGUUCACUUCUGAACUUGCCAGCAGAAGCAUUCGAGAAGACGGUACGCACCAAUCUGAUGGCCGCAUUCUAUCUCUACCAGAUUUUCCUGCCGGGGAUUAUCGUAGAAGCGGAGAAUGGUGGCACCAUUGUUACUGUCAGCUCCGUGCUGGGCCAAUUGUCUCCAGCCGGGCUGGCAGACUACUCGGCAAGUAAAGCAGGACUGAGUGCACUGCACCGAACCAUGGAAGCUGAGUUCCGUGGCGACGAGCGGAUAAAGAUGUUGCUGGUAGAAACAGGACAGAUGGCGACACCGUUGUUUGAUUGGGUCCGCACCCCGAGUCAUUUCUUCGCACCCGUUCUGGAGCCUGUCGAGGUCGCUCGUGAGAUUGUGGCUGCUGUGGACAGCGGCCGUGGCGGCGUGCUCAGGUUACCCGCAUUUGCGACGCUUGUCAAUUGGUAUGCUGUGUUGCCGGGUGCGGUGCAGCUUGUAGCACGAUAUCUGAGUGGCAUCGAUAAUGCCGUAUCUUCGGGUAUUCAGAAACGUGACGAAGAGAGCGAGCACAGGUAUCCACUGAGGUCCAACAAGAAAGCAGAGUGA